AUGGUGGGAAUUGAUUUGAUCCGAGAAAAUGAAGACAAUGUUUGGGUUAUUCGAGAUUGCUUAAAAACUGCAUCUGAUUAUCAGAAAUCAUAUGCGGAUUUGAAAAUAAAAGAUACAAAAUUUGCUGUUGGCGAUCAGGCAUUCUUAAAAGUCUCACCAUGGAAGAAAGUGUUGCAUUUCGGCAAGAAAAGAAAGUUAAGUCUGAGAUUUAUCAGACCAUAUGAAAUUGUUGAAAGAAUCGACCCUGUAGCUUAUAGAUUAGCUUUGCCCUCUGAACUUGAGAAAAUUCAAAAUAUGUUUUAUGUUUCGUUGCUGAGACAGUACAGAUUUGAUCCUUCGCAUGUGAUUUCUUAUAGUGAGAUUGAGUUACAACUAGAUUUGACGUAUUCGGAGGAACCAGUGAGAAUUUUAGCUCGGGAAGUCAAAUAA